CACGCGCGCAGCGCGAGAACUAAUGGUGGGAUCGGGUCGCAGCAAGCCGUCGAUGAUCUAUACACACAUCUGUCGGCGCUCGGGUUAUAACGCCAACAUCGAGCCGGCGAGGAAUAAAACGUGAUACUAAACAGGCAUCUGUAUGAGCGCGGGACACGAACGCGCACUAUGGUCCGGGAAACCAGACACCUAUGGGUGGGGAAUUUACCUGAAAAUGUGCGAGAGGAGAAAAUUAUCGAGCAUUUCAAACGGUAUGGAAGAGUGGAGAGUGUCAAGGUGCUCCCUAAGCGGGGCUCUGAGGGGGGCGUGGCUGCCUUUGUGGAUUUUGUGGACAUUAAGAGCGCCCAAAAGGCCCACAAUUCUAUCAACAAGAUGGGGGACCGGGACCUGCGCACUGACUACAACGAGCCGGGCACCAUCCCCAGCGCUGCCCGUGGUCUUGACGACAGCUUGUCCAUAGGCUCUCGCGGACGAGACGUGUCUGGGUUCGCGAGGGCCGCUGGGGGGGCGGUGUAUGGACCCCCCACAUCCCUCCACAGCAGAGAGGCACGCUAUGAACGCAGGCUAGAUGGGACGUCGGACAGUCGGGAGCGUGCCUAUGACCACAGUGCCUACGGACACCAUGAGCGCAGUGGCAGCAGCUUUGAGAGACCGCGCCAUUACGACUCUGAGUAUUACCGUGACCCCCGGGACCGUACUCUUGGCGGAGCUGGGAGUGGCUCUGGCCCUGGAGGCACCGGGGGUGGGGUUUCCAGUGGAGUUGGAUCGGGGGUUGGAGGAGCAGGGGCAAGUGGAGGGGGGACCGCAGGAGGAAGUGGUGGAGCCGGCAGCGGAGGGGGUGGAGCUACGUCCGUGGCGGUGGGCUACUAUGGCUCUCGGAGCCGCAGCCCCAGUCGCUUCGAAACCCCCGAACCACGGUACGAGCCCCGGGCCCGUGAGGCCUUCACCCUGGCCAGUGUGGUGCACCGAGACCUGUACCGCGAAGAGAGGGGCCGGCGUGGCGAACGCACGUACCACCACAGCCGCAGUCGGUCGCCACAUUCGUCACAAUCGCUGAACCCAUCUCCACAGCGGCUGGCCAGCCAGACUGCCCGACCCCCACGCUCCCCUAGUGGCUCUGCCUCUGGCAGCCGCUCCUCCAGCUCAGACUCCGUCAGCAGCACCAGCAGCAGCAGCAGCGGCAGCAGUGAUUCCAGCAGCAGCUCCAGCGAUGAAUCGCCGGCGCGAUCUGUGCAGUCGGCUGCUGUGCCGGCUCCAUCCACCCAGCCUCCAGUGGCCCUUGAUAAGGAUGAACCACGCAAGAGCUUUGGCAUCAAGGUCCAGAACCUACCUGUCCGAUCCACAGACACCAGUCUGAAAGAUGGCCUUUUCCAUGAGUUCAAGAAGUACGGGAAGGUGACAUCAGUGCAGAUUCAUGGAGCGUCAGAAGAGCGCUAUGGCCUGGUCUUCUUCCGGCAGCAGGAGGACCAAGAAAAGGCCCUCAGUGCAUCAAAGGGAAAGCUGUUCUUCGGCAUGCAGAUUGAGGUCACGGCAUGGAACGGCCCAGAGACUGAGAGUGAGAAUGAAUUCCGGCCCCUGGAUGAGCGCAUUGAUGAAUUCCACCCUAAAGCCACAAGGACCUUGUUCAUUGGGAACCUGGAAAAGACUACCACCUACCAUGACCUGCUCAACAUCUUUCAGCGAUUUGGGGAGAUUGUGGACAUAGAUAUAAAAAAGGUGAACGGUGCACCCCAGUAUGCCUUUUUGCAGUAUUGUGACAUUGCCAGUGUCUGCAAGGCCAUUAAGAAGAUGGAUGGGGAGUACUUGGGCAACAACAGGCUCAAGCUGGGUUUUGGAAAGAGCAUGCCUACCACAUGUGUGUGGCUUGAUGGGCUUUCUUCCACUAUCACGGAGCAGUAUCUCACGCGCCACUUUUGCCGCUAUGGCCAUGUAGUCAAGGUUGUGUUCGACAGGCUAAAAGGCAUGGCCUUGAUCCUCUACAACAAUAUAGAGUAUGCGCAGGCUGCUGUCAAAGAGACCAAAGGCUGGAAAAUUGGUGGCAACAAAAUCAAGGUGGAUUUUGCUAAUCAGGAGAGUCAGAUGGCUUUCUACCGCUCAAUGCAGGCAUCUGGGCAGGACAUUCGAGACUUCUACGAAAUUUUGUCUGAACGAAGAGAUGAGCGCAGGCCGCCUUAUCAUGAGUUUUCAGCAGAGCGGGUGUAUUAUGAAAGUGUGCGCACACCAGCCACCUUCACAGAAGACCCCCGCCGCAAAUACCCCGCUCGAAGCCGAGAGUUUUACACAGAAUGGGACCCCUACCAGGGAGACUACUAUGACCCACGUUACUAUGAUGACCCUCGCGAGUACAGGGAUUACCGGGACCCCUAUGAGCAGGAUAUUCGCAAGUAUAGUUACCUACAGAGGGAGAGAGAAAGGGAGAGGGAGCGGUUUGAGACGGACCGUGAGCGUGACCACGGCCGACGAACCAUUGAACGCAGUCAGAGUCCCUCACAUCCUCGUCGCCCGCCCAGCCCUGGCGCUUCCCCUUCUCCCUCUGAGCGACUACCUAGUGAUUCAGAGCGUCGCAUCUAUAGCCGCUCCUCAGAGCGUAGCGGCAGCUGCAGUUCACUGUCACCUCCACGUUAUGAGAAGCCAGAUAAGACACGGUCUGACCGAUACAGCAAGAAUGAAAAACCGGAGAAGGAACGCCAGCUGUUUGACAUAGAACGUGGCACUGGGGCUGAGAAGGACAAGCGUGCCACACGCAAGGAAAAAGGUGACAAAGGUGAGAAAGGGGAGAAGCUUAAGUUACGCAAGCUGAAGGUGCUAUCUCCCAGCAUUCCCUCGUCUGAGACAGAUCCAGAACCAGACCGUGAAUGCAGUCCAGAGGCAGGUCCUCGAUGUAAAGGUAGCAAGAUGACUACCAAGGAGAAAGAAACUGCUGGAAAGGGACGUCUUGAUCUGCCACCCUGCGUUGUGCAGCUCACACGAGUCAAAGAGAAAGAAGGAAAGAUGCUAGAUCAAGCUGGUGGUGACAAACGACUUAAGAGUGAAAAUGACACAGUCCGUUCACCCCUUCCUCUCCUACCCCCAUCUGCUGACCAGAAAGGAUUAAUAUCACGGUUAGAUGUUCAAAAAGGAGAGGGAUCUAAGCAAACUAAAGUUCCCAAAGAAAAGUUAUCAAGCUUGGUAGAAGUUGUUGACAAGGAGAGUAAAGUCAAACCCAAAAAGCAUACAAAAUCUGAACCUUGCUUUGAAGUCACAAACUCCUCUGCGGAUAUAGAGAGACUGGCUGCAAGAAAGAGACGUUUUGGAGAACCCAUUGGGAAGACAGACAGGCUUAAAAGGGGGAGCCAGGAAGAAGAAGAUAGCAGACUGGGCCUGAAAAAGCUGACUGACAGUGCUAUUGCAAAGGAAACAGAAUCUGAUCGGAAAAUGCUGCGGAAAGAGGCACUCAAGAGAGAGCACCGAAAAGCUAAACCAGAAAGGCUGGUCACUGUGUGUAGCCCUAAUGAAGAGCAGGACUCUGAGACUGUCCCGGUAGGGAUGAGGCUUAGCCUUGAUCUACAGACACGGCUUGGGAAACCAUCAGAUGAGGGUACAGACCUCUUGGACUUUCCUGGAAGGAAGAUUGUGGGGACAAAGAACCGCCUUGCCCGGAGAUUCUCUGAUGAUGGAAGCUUAGGUCAAGAUGACAUACGGGAGCAUGAGCACCAGAACUUCCCUGAUCAUGCUGAGCAGGUGGUGGUACCAGAAAAAGGCACUGGUGAUGCUGAGGAACGCCUUUCUGUGGACAUUGACCAUACUCAGAGCUGCCGUAAGCAGAUGGAACAGAAUCGGCGAUUACGACAACAACUGCAGGAGGCUGACAAGCCAGACAAACCCGAGAGCAUGACUGAUGGCCCUGAUGUUGAAGACUUUGAUCGUCGGAGCUUAGUUCAUGAGGUGGGCAAACCACCUCAGGAUGUCACAGGUGAUUCUCCACCUAACAAACGCAAGAAGCUAGAGGCUGACAUUGAUGUGAAUGCUAAGAGGGAACGCAACUACCGCAGUUCACGACAAGCAAGUGAGGAAUUUGAGAGGAAUAUUCCUUCCAUUCCAGGACUGCGCCUUUUUGCCUGUCAGGAGGAAGAAUUCACUGAAGAAUCACCUCGCCCAGUGGUUGCGAAAGAAACAAAAGAUUCACCAAAAUCAGAAUCCUACCCACACAUAGACAUGUUAAAGUACAACUUUGAUCUCACAACCAGUAGGGUCCGGUCAUCACACACAGAAAUACCCAAACUUAAAGCUACAACUCUGGGGUGUGAGGAAGACCUUCAGCAACGUUGGGAGAACAGAAUGAAACAGGACCCAUUGCGGCAUGACAUGAGCUUCCCAAGCAGUAUUGUGAAACGUGAAAGCAUUCGCAAACGUCUCGUGCGGGAACUAGAACCAGGCGAAGUGCAGUCAGAUUCAGAUGAGGAUGGAGAGAACAAGCACCAUUCCCCUAAGCCCUCAACAUCUUUUUCUCAUCUUCUUAGGGAACGUGAAGAAAGACUGUCAGAUCUCAAACUGUCUGGCUCACUAGAGAGAAACAAAUUUUACUCGUUUGCCCUGGAUCAGACUAUAACACCAGACACUAAAGCCUUGUUAGAGAGAGCUAAGUCACUGUCUUCAUCUCGGGAGGAUAACUGGUCCUUCCUGGAUCGUGACUCUCGCUUUGCCCACUUCCCCAGUAGCAAGGAUAAAGAAAAGGUUGAGUCUGCACCACGACCAAUUCCCUCCUGGUAUAUGAAGAAGAAGAAAAUCCGUACUGAUUCAGAGGGAAAGCUUGAUGACAAAAAAGAAGAACCAAAGCCAGAGGAGCAAGAGCGACAGGAGCUGUUUGCUUCUCGCUUCCUACACAGUUCUAUCUUUGAGCAGGACUCAAGGCGACUGCAGCAUCUUGAACGUAAAGACCAAGAUGCAGAAUUAAGUGUUGGAAGAUUUGGAGGGAGGCAAGGUUCUGCUGAUGGACAGCCUGGAGCAGGUGGAAUGGAUCUCUUACAAGAACCCAUGGUGCUUUUUCAUAGCCGUUUUUUGGAGCUGCAACAGCAGAAGGAGAGGGACCAACGUCCCCGAGAGAUGGAUAGAGGAAAUAGUGCUGAUGUAAAUGAGAGAGAGAAGCUGCAAGACGGAGAACAAGGUGGACAGCUUCUGAAAGCACCUGAAGUGACUCCAGAGCCAGAGGUUAAACCAAUCAGUCCUGUUCCCCUUCUUACAGUUUUACAGCCUGUUCUGGUGCCCAGGGAAAUGUCACCAUCCUUGGAGAAACCUACUGUCCAGACUCCAACUACAGAAGUUUCUGUAAAAGAAGAAAAGAUAGAGUCUGACAAACCUCAGGAACAGGUCCUGCCUGUACCUGUGACAGACAGUCAGUCACCUGCCCCCAUCAGUGUUAUACCCCCUGACACCGUUUCUUCAGAGGCAGAAGCUAAAGUACUUCUGAAAGACAAGUUAUGUGAAUCCAGCAUUCAAGGAGAAAACACUUUGAAUGUGGAACACACCUACCUUGAUGUAAAGCCGCCUACACCAGGAGCUUCAUUGAGCAGUUUGGACCCAGCGCCUGACCCUUCAGAAUUGCCCAACCCUGCUGUGCUCAAGCCUCAGGAAAAUAUGGAGGUUGUGAAAGAAGAAGAGGCCCUACCAGAAAAACUGGAAACCCCAAAUUGUGUCAUACUCCAGAAGGCAGAAGAGCCUCAGGAAGCAGCACAGGUGCCAGUCUGUGAAACAGAGAUAGAGCCAGCGUUGCCCACCAGAAAACCAUCCAAGAACAAAAGGGUCAAACCAGUUCCUGCAGCACCGCAGAUCCCUGUGACUCAAACAGGUGGUGCUGAAAAACCAGCUACCCGCAAAAGUGAGAGAAUUGACAGAGACAAGCUCAAACGGGCGUCUUCGCCUCGAGGAGAGGCUUCCAAACUGGGCUCUGAUUCCAAGACCACGGCAAAGUCACCCAUCCAUGCUCCAGACUCUGAACAGAGCUAUGAACUGAGUUUGCUGCAUGGCAGGACUCGGCGCAGAAAUGUUCGGUCUGUCUAUGCAACCCCAGUAGAGGAUGACCCUCCCCACCAGUCAGGGAGGGAUGUCACUGAGCCUCCCCGCCCUACACGCAAGCGGUGUGCUGAAAGAGAACCGGCACAGCAACCGCAGCAGCCCUCGCAGGAUACAUUAGCUGCACCAACCACACCUAGGAGAGGGCGCCCUCCUAAGACACGUCGGCGAGGGGAUGAUGUGUCACCAGUGAAAGGAGAGCCACAAAAAGCAGCAGAAGGAGAAGAGACUGAUAACGCCAACCCCAGCAGCAAUAACAGCGGUGAAUCUGUCAAAGCAGAGGGAUGGCGUUCACCCCGUACACAGAAAAUGCAGCUUAAUCAAGGAUCUCCAUGUGCAGCAUCUGGCCAGAGCCGGAAGGGAGUAAAAACAGACAAACCUGAGAAUGCAGCCCUGCAAUCAGAGCGUUCAAGGGGAGAGCCUGUGGGUGUUCUGGAGUCCACAGUUAAGUCAAAGGAUGAGUCUCUUGAGCAAAGUGAGAAACUAGCAGAUGAGGGCACACAAAGUAUGACAUUGCAGAAAAAAGAGAAAGAGAAAGAUACCUCAAGUCUAACAGAGAACAAAUUAAGUGAAGAGAGAGCCUGUGAGAAGGCAGAUGCUCCAGUAAUAGAGAAACGACCACCAUCUGAAAAGAGUGGAAAAACAAAAAUGGUCAGGCUAACGCGUAACACCAAAAUAAUAACCGAAGACAAGUCCUUGAGUCUAAAGAAUCUGGAGAUUCGUCUGAGUGUGGAUGAUGUGAAAGGUGUGCUACGCUCUGGAGAGGAGGAGUCUGAGUCUUUUGAAGCCUCUCUGAAAAAGACCAAGCCAAGUGUAUCUGCCAGGGAACAACCACUAUCUUCGCCCUUCCUCAAGGAAGCAUCAGAGCUCAGUCUGGAAGAGAAAGAAGAGGAGUUGUCAGAACCUGAACCACCAGCUGACCCAGCUGCUACUCUUCUGGCCCGUCAAAUGGAGUUAGAACAGGCAGUAGAGAACAUUGCUAAGCUCACAGUAGAGCUCCCACUUCCGCUGUAUAAGGAGCCUCCAGCAGAGCCACCUGCCCUGUUACCACCAGUCACAGUGACACCAGAAAGUGAAGCUGAGGAGGAGAAGCCUGCUAAUCCUGCCAGUGAGACUGAACUUGAAGCUGCCAUCUACUCCAUCACUGCUGAAGCAGAAGGAUUCAUAGCUCCUUCUACCUACUCAGCACUCAUACCUACACCAGAGCCAUUAGUUAUACCUUCCAACAGUGAGGCUAUGGAGCCAGAGGUGCGUAUGGCUAUCAGAAACAUUAUGGACACAACACAAGAGAUGGGUGGGUUGAUCCUAGACUCUAAGGGUCCAGAAGCAAUUGUUGCCAAUCCUUCUGCACAGGAGGAGUCCCCUCCACCACACCCAGGAACACCUAGAAAGGGAGGGAAAGUUAAGCUGAAAACCCAAAAGAAAACAAAGAGCCGAAGGACUAGUGCUAACAAAAAAGUGGACAUUGCAGAUGAUGCUGUGUCAGAUCGGGAUCCAACCCCAUUGAAGAUGCCGGACUCAAUCCCAGAUGAUCCGCAUACUAUAAGUCCUAAAGCAGGGUCUGCCUCGUCGGUAGCAGCUGUUGUCACUUCUGCAGCCUCUUGCAAGCAGGAAGUGGGGCAUGCAACUGUAGAAGCUGUCAAUACCCCUAAGGAGGCUGAACAGCCAGUGGUGGAACAACCAGAACCCCAGGAAUCUGCCUUUCACUCCAGUAGUAAGCUACAGCAGCAGUCCUCAGAUCCAAAAUCACCAACCCUCACACCUUCCCCGACCCGUCUGAACUACUCUCCUCCUUGCCCUACUAGGCUACCAGCUUCACCACAAGAUUGGAAAAGCCGACAUGAGGAUUGUGGUGCACUUCCUACCGCUGCAUCUCAUUUACCUGUUACUACUCCUUCAGUUUCAACAGCAGCCACCACAGGGACUCCUGGUAAUCCCCCCUUACCUCCUGACACAAAGGCAUCUGACAUUGACUCCAGUUCCAGUACCUUACGCAAGAUCCUUAUGGAGCCCAAGUACGUGUCGGCUUCAAACAACUCUGCAUCCAGUAAAGUGGUUACAUCCUCACUAAGGGAUUCACGCACAUCAGAGAAUGACAACUCAUCAGAACCAGCCACUAUCAAGUCCUCCCUGACUGAAGAAAGGCCAUUGCCUGUGAGUCCUCAGUCUACAGUCCAACAACCACCCCCACCUCCACCAUCUGAAAUUCAGCAGACAUAUGGUGAGAAGAUGGUAAAUUCAGUCAUUUCCUCUACAGCUACUUCUGUUAUUAGCCGCAUUCCCAUACCCUUUGACUCUGAGGAGGCACCACGCAUUACGCUAAGUAACCGUAGCUCCGGGAUUGCACUGCCGAAGCAGAAGUAUUGGUCUGGCAUGAAUGACAACAACAGGCUCCAUCAGGGACUGGUUGUGGAUGAAGAAGGGAAUAGUGGACGAGCUAUGGUGGAGAAUGUAGCCUAUAGCACAGGCUCCAGCCCAGGCCUGAGGGUGAACACGUCUGAGGGUGUAGUGGUGCUUAGUCAUUCAGGACAGAAAACAGAGGGGCCUCAGCGUAUCAGUGCGAAGAUAAGUCAAAUCCCACCAGCCAGUGCAGUUGACAUUGAGUUCCAGCAGUCUGUGUCUAAAUCUCAGCUCAAACAGGAACCACUGACCCCUUCCCAGACACCUACGUCUAAGACCUCCCAAACACCCACAGGGUAUGGCCACAGUGGUGGAGUGUUAGCUGGUCAACCUUAUAAUACUCAGGCUAUCAUUUCCACCAUUAAGCAGGAAAGUCCUGGCUCAGAUAAGUCUGAGUUACCGUACCAUUCUGGACCUCAGGGUAGCACUGUGAAGGUUCUUCCCCAGACUGUUAGCAGCCCUCAAGUUCUUAUCUACAACCAGGCCAUAUUGCAACAACAGCAAAAUAUUAAGAAGAGUGUGGUAAAUGAGUCCAUGAAAGCUGAGUCAUGUAAGCUACCCCAGCCUUCGAACCUAAGCCCUGUGAUGAGCCCCCACCAUUCUUCUCUAGCUGGAAACCAUAUGGGAUCGAGUCCUGGCACUCCUACUGACAGAGCUGUCCCGCACCUGAAACAAGAACCACACUCUCCCCGAACAUCAGGCCACUCGCCAUCACCCUUCUCCAAGGUGUGCCCACCAAGCAGCUCUGUAUCCCCCAUGGCCACCUCUGUCGUUCUCGGUCCAUGCAUGCCUGCAAUGUCCCAGUUUGUUUCGAGCGUGCAUCACCCAGAGCAGUCCGUUAUUAUGCCUCCUCAUAGUGUCACCCAGUCUGUUUCACUUGGUCACCUGUCUCAGGGUGAGGUAAGGUUGAACACCCCUCCUCUCUCUGGGAUGAAUUAUGGGAUGCGCCCAGAGUCUCUGGCCUCUCCACGGUCUGGGGCACAGCAGCGGUCAGGUACACCACAGCCGACAGGCAUCAGGGACAUGGUGCUGCAGCCACACACGGGUUCUUCUGGAGCUGGGAGCGGCAGUGAGACAGCGGAGGAAGAUGUCAGACAUUUCCAAAGUAUCCGCAGGUCAUCUGCACCCCAGAUGCAGCCGGAUGUGAUGGUUAUGUCAACGGAUUAUCGUGGAUUGCACCAUGGGGCUGGCUUGUAUGGCCUUGCAUCCCGGGAUGUGCGGAUUCUCAUGCACCACCAGCUGGGCGAACACCAAAGCUCUGAAGCACGAAGAGCUCGCACGCCUGAAACAGCCUCUUCGGUUUCCUCCAACAGCAUCUCAUCCUGCACUUCCAAGAUUGCCCCAGAUGGAAAAGGCGUGACACAAACAGGAAAGGACACCCAAAAAGCACCGGAUGUGAAGAUGCCACAGUCUCCACUUGCCGAAAGCAGGAUCAUAGGGGUGCACUCUCAGGUGCCUGUUAUGGUGACCUCUCAAGGGGUGCAGCUUAUGCAUUCAGGGGGUGCUGGCUCAUUCCCAGAAUAUCAAGCAGCAGUGUACCGGGACAUGCGGGGAUUCCACUCGCAGUACACUGGUCAUUCGGCAGUUGGGAUGAAUCUCCCCUCCAGGAGCAUCACUCCUUCACAGGAUGGUGAGCACAGCCAUCGUAGUAAAGCACCACAGGUGUCCUCAGGGGCAGUUGGAGGUGGGGCAGAGCUCAAAGCAGAAGGGUCGCAUCACCGACACACAACCUCCAUGGAUAUCUCACAUGCCCCCAGGGUUCAAGGGGAGGCAGGUUCUCCAUUGUACACUUCUUCCAUUGCUGUCUCCCACAAACUGGAGAUGCCGCAGACUCCCGUGCAGAAAGGGACUGCGUCUUUUGCACCCUCCUUGGUGCCAUCAGGCUCCGUGCAAAUGCACACAGAAAGCAAGCAGGAGCACACAGCACCGCGAUCAGUGGACAUGGUACAGCUUCUUAAGAAGUACCCCAUCGUGUGGCAGGGCCUCCUCGCUCUCAAGAAUGACACAGCGGCUGUCCAACUGCACUUUGUUUCGGGUAACAAUGUGCUGGCACACCGGUCACUGCCACCGCCCGAGGGGGGCCCUCUGCUCCGCAUUGCUCAAAGAAUGAGGCUUGAGGCGUCGCAGCUGGAGGGCGUGGCCCGCAGGAUGACGGUGGAGAGUGACUACUGCCUCCUGCUGGCUUUACCUUGUGGACGGGACCAGGAAGAUGUUCUCAACCAGACCCAUGCCCUCAAGGGUGGUUUCAUCACUUAUCUGCAGGCCAAGCAGGCUGCCGGCAUUAUCAAUGUCCCCAACCCGGGUUCCAACCAGCCAGCCUAUGUGCUCCAGAUUUUCCCACCCUGCGAGUUUUCGGAGAGCCACCUGUCCCGAUUGGCUCCGGACCUCCUCAGCAGCAUCUCCAGCAUUUCGCCACACCUCAUGAUCGUCAUCGCGUCUGUGUGAGGGCGCUGGACGCCAGCAGCUUCAACUGGGAGGACCACGGGGACAGUCUUGCAGACACCAUAGGUUGUCCGGCUGGACUAGAUCUGCCCUGAUCAGUUCCUCGGAUCAUUUUGAUUUUCUUUUAAGUGUGCUGGAGUUGUCUGAAGGACACGCAGGAGAGAACAACUUCAGAAGUGAACAAUCUAACUGGUGGAUUGUGUUCUCAAAUUAUUCUACUGUUUUCUUACAAAUGGAUCGGAUCAGUCAUUGCACUAUGUUGGAGAAUUUUAAGAAAAGUACAAAAAAAAAAAAAAAACUUGGACUUUCAGAGUGAAGUAAAAAAUGACCAGCACCGCGCCAAUCUGGAGCUUCCAGCCUCAGCGCGGGAGGAAACAUCCGGCAAAUCACUGUCAGGCUGAACUGUCAACUGCACCUGUCACCUGUACCUGUACUGCUACUACUGUCCUCCUGCUGGCUGAAAUGUACUACUACUCCUUGGAGAAGGAUGGCGCUCUUAUGAUCACAGUUUCUGCCCCAGGAACAUGGAGCUCCUUGAGUUGUACAGUUUACACUUUAUGCCUCAACUGGGGACCAUAUAUAAAUGCAUAUAUAAAUAUAAAUAUAUAUAUAAUAUAUAUAUGUAUACAUAUAUACUUUUUUCUUAAAGGUUAAUGGUCAGAUGGGACUAUGAGAGCCUUGUAAAUAUUAUAAAUAUUUAAAGACUUAAGCGCAGUGCUGGGAGUCAAAGUGGCUCCCUAACUUGCCGGCGGUUAAGGAGGCAGGAGAGCAAGAAGAACUGCAAACUCCCAGCAGAAGUGUUCACAACCAUUUUGUUUUUAACAUAAAUCUGUGCCAAAAUGUCUUUUCAGAAGAAAACUUAAAGCAAACGAGAAACUAAAUGGAAUUAAAAAUCAGAUCUUAUUUUCGUACUUGACUUUGUCGCUGUUUCCUGCUCAACUGUCUUGUUUUUAGGGUUUGUUUUAAUUCUGUGCCUCCUUAUUAUUCUGCAUUGAUUUUAUCGUCAUUAUGGGGAAAAAUGCUACACAUCCUUUCUGUACGUUAUUUUGUGUACGUCUGUGGUUUUACAAUUCACCGAAGGUUUCCCUUCUGCUUUCCCACCGAGGUGCGACUUUACGCCCUCUGAAGAUUGUAGAACUUGAAGUGUGGGGGCAUCAAGCAGCAGCUACACCACGCUUCAGUGUUGGCACAGACACACAGUGGAGGAGAAGACAUUGGAGACUUAGCUGAGCCAAGAUGUGAUAUGUGAUGAAUGAACUCUACCUCCCUACUGGCACCCCACCCUAGAACUACACUGUACACAGUUGCCCCCCCCAUCGUCUUCUUUUUAAAUGUGUCUUUUUUCAGAGUCAUUUUGUUUUGUCAGACAAAACAAGGCAGUCUGAAAAAGGCAGAGCUAAGUGUAAACCGAUGCGGACCGUGAACCGUGUUUCUCAGUUUUUGUGGUGUAAAUAUUUAUAUGACUGCAAGCUGACCACUUUCAUGGUAUUGUUGAAGGCACAUAAUUUUGAUAUACAAAUAAAACAAACGAAACGCCCAAACAAAAACAAUCAAAAGAACAAUUUUAAACUUUGUCCUUAGAUCU